AUGCAAGACAAUAAUUUAUUGUUUUCUGGUAAUAAUUCUAGCAGAAAACAUGCUUCUAUUAAAUCACAGAGUGAAAUAUCCUAUUCACAGAGGAAAAAUAAUCGGAUUGACUUGCAAAAACAAGCACAUAAACAAAAGAGAAAUCAAUUAUUGGAGCAAUUAAAAAGAAGAAAGGUUUCCGACACUGUAAAUGAUGAUGCCACCCAAGGAAGUGAUUAUGUAUAUAAUAUUGGAGUAUUUUGCAAUGUUUUACUUUCACAAGAGUCUUCAAUUCCUCAAAAAAUCAAUGCAAUGAAACAAUCGAGAAUUAUCUUGUCAAAAUGUGAUCCCGAUACUUUGACAAAUAUUUUGGAAAAGAAUGAUCAAUUUAUUAAUCUAUUACAUCAAUAUUUAACUUGUAAAUAUUCCGAGUUGCAGUUGGAAUCUGCAUGGUGCAUUACAAAUAUAGCUGCUAUGAAGGAUGAAAGUGUUUCAUUUUGCAUUCCUACUCUGAUACAAUUGAUUUCAAAUUCAUUCUUGGAUGUGGUAUUACAAGAACAGUGUAUAUGGGCUCUUGGAAAUAUUUCUCUGGGAUUUUAUAAUAAUACUCCUCUAUCGACUGUUAUUAUACAGAAUGGUGCUAUUCAAUAUCUGUCUAAUACUAUCAGAACAUGUAGAGCCAAAGAAAUUCUCAAAACAACUUUAUGGUGCGUAUCGAAUAUUAUUAGAAACGAGAUUUUACAUAUGAAACACAAUACACCAGAACAUAAUCAGCAAAUAUUUGGAUGUCUUGGUCAACUGUAUGAACCAAUAAUUUACCAAUUACUGAAAAGAAAUUUGAGUGAUGAUGGAAACAUUUCAGAUUUGUUAUAUGUGUUAAGCUAUUUAACUGCUUAUCCUCUCACUGACAUGAGCAACUCUACAAAUUUUGUUCAAAUAUUUAUCAAAUAUUUAACCCCACAAAAACAAGAAUUUAUAACACCAAUUAUACGGAUUAUUGGAAAUAUAUUUUGCUCUUACAACUUAUUUUCAGCAUUGGAUCAGAACUUAUCUUUAGAAUUAAUGAACUUGUUGUCUAACAUUCCAGAUAAAAACAAGGAAUGGUGCUACAUGAUGGGAAAUAUAUCUUCGUAUGAGGAAAUCAAUGAGAUUCUCAUUCAACAAUAUCACCUUCUUAAUAUUGUAAUAGAUACUCUCAAAAUAGCCAUCAAUUCUGAUAUUUCGAACAAUAGCGAAUUGGUGCGUGAGACUGUCUAUACUAUAAUCAACCUGACAACAGCUAAUCAUAACAAAUACCUAACUAAGGAAAUAUUGGAACUGAUUCAACGAGUAGCUCAAACCUAUACAUUUGACGAGAAUGAAAAUAAUCAACAAUUCAAAAUGGUUCUUACACAAUUCUUCGACUAUGCUUCCAGAUUACAAUAA